CGAGGAACUGGCUUACAGUCGGACUCGAAGGUGCAGUGCGAGCGGAGCUGUGAGAGCCAGGUCAGAAGAACAGGAAACUAACAAGAGACAAUCAAAUCUGAAAAGGAAACAGAAACAGAGAGGAAGAGAGAGGGGGAUAUAGCGAGGAGGCGAGAUGCGUUACAUUGGUCUGUGGGUGCUUCUCUGGAUGGUUGCCAGCUUACUAAUCAAUGCACGUCGACACCCUCGACCAACGCCAUCAAAGCCGAACAAGGCCGAGGCGGUGUUCGAGCAGCCACUAGGCGCUCCGGGAGGCAAGACCUUGCAGGGAUACGUCAUGCGGUCCGUGCUGGUCAGGUCACAGGUGCAGUGUGUUUCUUUCUGUAUGAGACUAACUGGUUGCCUAUCCAUCAACUAUCAACAUGGCGGCGUAGACAGGAUGAGAACAUGCGAACUCAACAGCAAGAGAGCAGGAUCUGGCCCCGAGAUGGUAGAUGCAGCAGAGUUCAUCUACUACGAAGCGUGAUGCACAGGUGGGAGGAGCGGUUAGCGGUAAACAUGAUGGAUGGAUGGAAGGAUCGAUGGGAAGAAUGAAUUCAUAACGUGAAUACCGCGUAUCCGGCAAGAAUCUACAGUCACUCGUGUGUUAGAAGACAGGUCGAUUGAACAGACACCUGUCUAUAAAGGACAUUUUUGGCAUUUCUGUUGAGUGUCAGGCCCGUAGCGCGCAUUCAGGAAGGGUGGAGCCUUUUCAAAGCAAAUUAACACAACUUUAAAGUGUCUCUAUUCGUUGUAAUUUAAUUCAGAGUUCUUUUAGAGGUUUACUUUUUAAAUUGCUUACUUAUGAAAACCA